AUGAUGAGAUUUUAUAAAAUUAAAAAACUAAUAAUGUCAUCAGAGUGUAUUAGGAUGCCUAAAAGGCCGUCAGAGAUGCAGAACGCUUCUCCGAGCAAGCAUGUCAAGGUUGGAAGUGAAAGUGAGUGUCUAGAACAAAAGUUCGCCAAGCUACAAUCUCAGUACCUUAAUGACGGUAUUCCUCACUCCCCCUCAAAAAGAACAAUCCUUUUUUUCGUUAGGAAGGAUUUUUAAAAAAAAAAAUUAAUUAGACUUAAAUUUUUUUAAAAAAAGAUUUUCACUAUAUUUUACUCAUUUUUACAGGGAGAGUCAACAAACUCAGCUCUUUUUACGUCGCAUGGCAAGGGCUGCAGAAAUUCCUGUAGAAAUAAAACAGAUGCCUCUGUUAAGAAUGCUGACUGAAAUAUGUGUGGAUUUAAUGAUGAAUGACUUAGAACUGUCUCUUUGGUCUCUAAUUCUCGAAAAAAUCCAAUGAAUUGAUACUUUGUCUUUACCUUGGGUUCUAAUUUGUACCGCAUUUGCAGCCAAGCAGCAUUUUAACCUCGACGUUUCUAUAUUUGAGCACCACAUCGCUACAAAGUACACGGAUUUUCAACGCUGCUUUCAAAAUUGGCAGAACUCGCAUCAAGAAACCCGCAGCAUCAAUGCAAAAACCAUCAAUGCCAGAUAUGUCUCAUUAUCUCUUCCAAUAUCCCCUAAUGAAAAUGGGCUUUUUGACUACAAUUAUUAUGUUGAUGACAUUUUACAUGUGUCGCCGCCGUCAAACCUUGUAGAAGUCCAAACUAAAAUUGAGGCACCUCCAUCUGACAGUGAAGAAAUCAAACUGCCUGAGCUAAUGACGUUGAACUCAGUACUUGUGAUUGACCAGAAGACAGAUCUGAAUGAGCCUAGCUAUGGAAGAUUUGUAGAUAACCCACAACAUAUGGAAGAAAUUGACUUUGACGAUCCGUUCAAGACUGACUCGCCAACCAAGUUUUUGUUUUCAAAAUACGAGAGUGAUAGAUAG